AUGCUCCGAUCCUUUGUCGUACUGACAUCCGUCUGCGCUGCCUACGCUGCAGUACUUCCCCGCGACGCACUCAACGGCGUUCACUUGGCCGUUGACCCCAAGUGCGGCGUUGCGGGAGGACGAUUUGGUGAUGUCAACAUCGGUCUCAAAUCGUUGACAUCCUAUGAACAUAUCGUUGCAUUUGGAGAUUCAUGGACUGAUGGAGGAGCACAUGGCGGAGAGCCGUUACCGCCACCGAUUCUUACGCCACCAAACCCAAGAGCUGGCGGACGGGCGAGUAAUGGACCCGUGUGGGUGGAGAGAUUGGCAUCUGCCGCUGGUGCAACCUUGCUCGACUUUGCAGAAAUUGGCGCUGUUACGGAUAAGAAUAUCUGGCCAAAGACUCUGCUCCCUACCACCUCAUCGGGCGCGAACGACUUUGUCGGCCAAGCACACAACUACAUUAAUCAACGAAAUGGAUUCGAUCCAGAGACGACACUAUAUACCAUCUUCCUAGGAGUUGGGGACUUUGACUUGUCCCAACAAACGGGCACAGAUAACCUCUACACGGUGGCAGGUGCCAUCGUAUACACGAUCCUUGAACUCACUUCCUAUCCCACAUACGCCAAGAACAUAAUCGUCGUUGACAACUACGGUCGCGGCAUUUACGAAACGCCAUCGGGGGAUGCGUUCAAAGAAGGUAUCUAUGCCGGAUUGAACACUCUCCACACGAGAUACGGCACGAACGUCGGGUUCGUCGACCUUAAGACCCUAUGGGAUGGUGUCCUGGGCAGCAGCCCCGGAUAUGAAGCAUUUGGAUAUACCAGUAAGGGAGCAUGCUUGCCCUCUUCAACGUCGACAUCUGGAGCCUGCGCCAACCCCGAAUCAACGUUCUACUGGUUACCAGGGAUACCGUCGACGGCAACGCACGGUCUGAUCGCAGACUACGUAGAGAAGGUGCUGACAACAUGCUGA